AUGACUUAUUAUGGCAAGGUUGUGAUGCUGUUGCAAAGUUCAAUUCAAGGAGUUCUUCAGCAGACGCAGGAUCGAUUUCAGCAUAUGUCCGACCAGAUUAUUCGCCGUAUCGAUGAUAUGACCAAGCGCAUCGACGACUUAGAAAAGAACAUCUCCGAUGUUAUGGCUCAAAAUCAAAUUGAACAACAGCAACCAUGA